AUGGAGCUUCAAGAUACUUAUUACAACAAAUCUGAAUAUGUCGAAACAGCAUCAGGAAACAAAGUCAGCAGGCAAACAGUAUUGUGUGGAUCUCAAAACAUUGUUUUACAUGGCAAAGUUAUUGUUCAAAGCGAUGCAAUAAUAAGAGGAGACUUAGCAAAUGUAAAAACAGGAAGAUUUUGUAUUAUAAGCAAAGGUUCUGUACUUCGUCCACCUUUCAAAAAAUUUAGUAAAGGUGUAGCUUUCUUUCCAUUACAAAUGGGUGACCAUGUUUUUGUUGGAGAAAAUACAGUUGUUAAUGCUGCUGUUGUUGGGUCUUAUGUCUAUAUUGGAAAAAAUGUUGUUAUAGGAAGAAGAUGUGUUCUUAAAGAUUGUUGUAUGAUUGAAGAUAAUUCUGUUUUACCUGCAGAGACAGUAGUACCUUCAUUUGCAAGGUAUUCUGGUAGCCCAGCAAGGCUUAUAACUACACUUCCAGAAGCUACUCCAGACUUAAUGACAGAAUUUACAAAAAGCUACUACCAACACUUUUUACCUACUGCAUCUGUGUAA